GUUGAAUCUUUAUUGUGUGGAUGCGCGGCACCGAUUGGGUCGUAUAUUCUCGCGGUGUUUAGAAUGUACUACAUCUAGGUGGCGAGGAUGAGCAAUGGCAAUUGAAAACAACCCUGUGGAGGUUUUUGAUACAGUUUUCAAUCGAAAUGAUACUCAAUUGUCAUCACAGCUUGAAAAUGAUAGCCUCGAAGCUCGCAUUUUUAAGAUCAUAGUAAUAGGUGACUCUAAUGUAGGGAAGACGUGCUUGACUUAUAGAUUCUGUGGCGGCAUUUUUCUCAAAAACCCAGAGGCUACCAUCGGUGUUGAUUUCAGAGAAAAGACACUCGAGCUCGACGGAGAACGAAUCAAGCUGCAGAUAUGGGACACGGCCGGGCAGGAGCGCUUCAGGAAGAGCAUGGUAGAGCACUAUUACCGCAACGUACACGCCGUCGUCUUUGUGUACGACGUGACCAGCCUGACCUCGUUUGAGAGCCUCCCCGAGUGGAUCAGUGAGUGUAGCCGGCACUCUGUGGGCCCCAUGGUGCCCCGCAUCCUGGUGGGCAACAAAUGCGACCUCAGAGCGCAUCGGGAGGUGCCAACGUCCCACGCCCAACGCAUGGCAGAUGGCUACAACUUCCCCCUGUUUGAGACGUCAGCCAAGGACCCUGCUGAGAAGGAACACGUUGAUUCAAUCUUCCUGACAUUGGCCUACAGAUUGAAGAACCAUAAGCCUCUGAGGCUGAAGCAGCCCAGUGAGAGCAGCUCGAGUCUGCUUUGGUAUCAGAGAGAACAUGAGGCCACAGGUUGUCAAUGCUGAAGUGUAGCCGCACUGCUGGUGUGUGUGCCUGCGUAUGUGCGCAUACAGGGUUAGCAAUAUGAAUGUCUUCCAUUGUUGAUUUCCAACCGAUCUCCCAUACGUCUUCAUGUUCUUCUGGUUUCUUGCAGAUGGCUGAUCAAACAACAAUGCAUGUCAGGAAUAAGGUGCUGCCUGCAGUCUAAAGUCUUAACGGUGCUUAGGUAAAUUUGAAUGGUAUUCAUUUGAUGGUGGGAAUUCCCCCAAGGGGAAGUAAAGUGGAAAUACCAGCGAGAAUUGGGUGUUCAGCAAUUGAACCACAACCAGGGUUCCCCCAUAGGGUCAUGUAAAGCUGCGAACAAAUGUUAAGACUAGAACAGUGUAAAGGUAUUCAGCGAAGUUCAUUUGUAUAGCAAUUUAUACAAUCUCAAAGAGUGUAAAAGAGGACAAAUCCAUGUGAUAAAAGAAAGAAGCCUCCAAUAUGAACAAGUUUACUGUAGGUUUAAGGUAUAACUCAAAAAGUAGAAAAAUACUACACAAAGCAAAAGAGGAACAUUAAGUAAAUGCAAUAAGUUUCGCUACAUUGAUUGCAAAAUACUGAAAAACGUCUGCUUUGUAAACACAAUAUAAAACAACCACAGAAAAAGGGCCCUGGGAUUGAACAUGCCUUUCUGUAUUGAAUGUGCAUGUGCUCUUUGAGAUAAAAGGGGGUUCCUAUUAAUUACUUGCUACUGUAAUUUCCAUUGCUGGCAGUAUUGUGAGCUUGCAGAAUAAUACAAUCUACAUAACAUUUCAUCAGUUGGGAAAGGGACCACUGUGGAACAGAAUGUAGUUGUGAAUAAUACAGUACACACAUUUGAACUGUAAAUAUUAUAUCCCGUCUUUGUGAUUAAUAAACUAUGCCUGCUCAUGUGUAACACUUUAUUUGAGAGAAAUGCCAGUGUCUGACAAUGUAGCUUUUAUUUUGGAGUAAAAUGUUGUUAUUGUUCUCGUUUUUUUAAUUUAAUUUUUUAUUGAAGUAUAAAAUUGCUAAAUUGAAAUAAAAUAAAACACAUGAAA